AUGUCUUUGGCAAGCUCUCCCGAUCCCGCGUUUCGACCAGAAGAUCAAGCCUUGAAGAUGUUAUUUCCAAAUAUUGCAGAUACUGCCAGCUCGUUCGAUGAAUUUUUCAAUGAAGAGAUGUACAAACUUGACGCAAGAUCUGAAGAUAGUUCCGAGCAAAUAUCUGAGCUUGAACCCCUGUUCAAGCAUGAGACAGCCAUCGAGGAUGAUUUUGGACUUCCUCCUUUCAACGACUCACCUGAACUGGAUCACUCCGCUGUUCAACCCUGGCGGGAGGGAGUGUGGUGUUUGAAGCAAACCAAACAACAGCAUGCACCAUUGAUCAUAGAAAAGACCCGAAGAACAGAAAUCAAGAUUCCAGAUCAAAUCCAAACAAUGAAUUUCUCCAGCCACCAUUGCCGAGACUCACUCUCACCAAUAGAGAGCCCUCAGGUAUCUCAAACAAAGAGAUUCACAACGAGUCCAAUUUCAACCUCAUUCAGACCCAAUCUUACACGACCACCUUUUUCACGCGAGGUUACUCUAUCGCCGACACCCAUGUAUGCGCAACUUCCCAUGUCUCCUAAAUAUGGUCACGAGGAUAUCAGUACAUGGCAGCAAGAUUUUCAAAAUUUCCAUCUGCGGCAGGUUCACGAUCAAGUCCAAGAAUUUUCACUUGGUUCACCAUCUAGGGGCACUCAGCAUAGUGCAUUGGUGCGAAACAUAAACAACACAAUUACAUCCCAGAACGGUUCUCUUGAGAUGUCAAGCCCAACUAUUGAGCAGGCAUCUACGGCGCAUCGAUAUUAUCAAAAUGCGAUUGAUCCUGUGCUUCUGGACCCUGUUCAAUCAAUUCAGGGAGAAUAUAAAAAUCUCCACAGUCUUCGAUCGCUUGCAUCACAGUCUCCAUCAGUAGUUGAACGCAAUAUUUCCUUACAUUCCCCUCCUAGUGACAGUCUAGCAUCAUCAGGCAGUUCAAACCAUUCAAGAGGCACGACUACCCAGACGGUGAAUACGAGCAUGAGCAUUCAUUCACAAGCAUUCUUGUCUCCAACUACUAUGGCCUCACACCCUCCAUUACCCACUCUAGCACCAGAAGAAGUAUAUCCCGUUCUCGCGGCACCAAAACCACAGAGACUGACGCAUCGGCUGCUGCACAAUCAACGGCUCCAUCAGCCAAAUGAGCCAUCCUUGACCAAUACACUCCUCGACAGAUAUCCCAAUUUUGACCCGCAGGAGCAGCAGAUGAUGCAACCAGGUCUGUGUAGCACGCAGACAUACGAGCAACUCCUAUCCCCUAGAGUCAACACAACCCUACAAUACGCAACAGUCCCUCCAAUCCCACCACUACCAUCACAAGCGCAUGCAUCUCUCCCAAUCUCAUCCUACCCAUCCCUCCCCUCUCUUGCCCCCGCCUCAUCCUACAUCUUUCCCGAUAGCUCACCCUUCACGCCACGCAAGCAGCGACGCUCACCAGCCCGGUCCCCCUCUCCAACAUACUCACCCACUGGGCAAAUCACCGUAAGCCCACGACGCAACCCGCACCGCUCUCCAACGCGCAACUUAACCGACUAUACACACGCCCACAGCCGUCGGAAAUCCAUCCACAAGUACGGGCCCAUCAAAGGCACCACAUGCAGCACCGCUACAAACGGCCUCUACGUACAGGACGCCCCACCACUCCCAACCUCAUCAUCGCACUCACAGUCUCAACGACAACGCGCCCGCUCACAGUCGCGCCCACCACGCACGCCGAAAACGCCGCGGACACCGAAGACAUCUUCUUUCGGCGGUGGUGGGGGUGGAGGCGGAGUCGGCGGCCUCAUGGUCGAUUUCGUCAACUUCACGCCCAAGGACUCGGCGAAGCUGCUGAGCGAUGUGGCGCCCAGUGGGAGUUCCAAAACCCGCGCGCGGAGAGAGAUGGAGGCGCGGGAGAAGCGCAAGAAGUUGAGUGAGGCGGCGCUCAAGGCGGUCAAGGUUGCGGGUGGAGAUGUUUCGGUCUUUGAGAAGGCUAUCGUCAUGGCUUGA